AUGUCGCCAAAAUCACAGGACUCCGAGUUCGACCUGGAGAGGUUCCAGGCGCGCACACAACAUACCGUUCGGGACCCAUCGCCCGAUGGGUCGGCAAACGAGCAUGCUGAGACUGACUUGGCAGCUUUGGGUGCGGCAUUCUGGGGUCGAAGAGAAUCCGACUCCCGCCCUGACUCUCUUGAUCUCAGCGAGGGAGAAGAGAUCGCUCGGGAUGGUGUUCGGAUGACGGAACGAGCCGAAUUGCUCUCCGAUGCAGACGCCGUGGUGGCUGGGGAUGCGGUGCUUCGCCGAUCGCCUGCAACGCCAACUCCGACACAAACCAAGCACGGAGCAUACAUCCAGCCUUCCGACAUGAUCCAAGUUCGUGAAAUAAGAGGUCGAAGGGCUCGAAGAGCACGCAAAUCUCGCCGAGCAUCAGACCCAGGAUCCCGCAGCUCCGCUGGCACAGUAGAGCGGGAUCGUCGCACAUCCGACACUUCGAACGACGAUGGCGGCCAGGACGUGGCCGAUGAUGCCGAUCAACGAGGUCGCAGCGCGACACCCACACCGUACUUUCCGCAGAGUUACACACCAUCACACCAUUCUCAGCAGACUGAAGAGGAGCAUGGGGAAGGUCGAGGCCCUCUGUCACCGAACCCUUGGUCAUCCAACUUCCUUUACAAUGCGCAACAACGCGAAAGGACUGAAGCGAUCGAAGACGUCGAUGUCCACUUCCCGGCUGACCAGCAGCCGCGGGCAGAACAAGCGUACCGCGAGGACUCGCUAUGCAGGAUACCAUGCGAAUUCCGUCCCGCCUGUUCCAUUCCGCUACCAGGUAUUCUUUCAGUCUUCGCACAAGGGCGUCGAAAGCACAACGUCCUACGGCACCCCGAGCACGAGCAGCGUCAACUGUACAAAUACGUUGGCGCCCCGCAAGGCCCUCGAAGCGCGAUGCGCUGGCAAUAUCACAUCACGCAGAUGUACUUUUCAGUCUCACGUCCGACGUUGCGAUUAACUCGCCGUGGCCCGCCACUAGCUUUACUCGGCACAACGGCUUUCCGCAAGCACGGUCCCUGCUCGCGGGUAGGGCUGCGUGCGUGCUGGUCUGAGUGUUUCGCCGCUGCCACCGCACAUGCCAUCGCUCUGUCAUCGAUCCGCACGUCCGCUCCAUCCAUGUCAUCACGCGCGUGA